AUGGAAAGCAAUUCACCGGAAUUACAAAUCACUUCGAGCUCGAACUCGAACUCGAAUUCGAACAUUGUCGAUCAUAAUCAUCCACUGUACUUAGCUGUUUCUGAUACAUCUGGAGCAGUACAAAUUGAUAUCCAGUUAUUAGGAAUGGAAAACUAUACAUUGUGGUCUCGUGCUAUGAGAUUGACGUUAUUGACGAAGAAUAAAAUUGGAUUCAUAGAUGGAUCGGUUAAGCGUGAUACAUACGGUGCAGAAUAUGUGAAACACUGGGAUCGGUGUAACGCGAUGGUGAUUUCAUGGAUAAUGAGAAAUGUGAAUAAAAAUUUACUUAGUGGAAUCCUUUACAGAAAUAGUGCACAUUCUGUUUGGAAAGAUCUAAAAGAGAGAUUUGAUAAGAUCAAUUUGUCACGUGUAUAUCAGUUGAAGAAGGAACUGGCUAUGUUGCAUCAGGGAGUGUCACCUGUAUCCAGCUAUUACUCAAGGAUGAAGGACUUAUGGGAUGAGAUUGACUCUAUCAUACCACACCACUCUUGUGAUUGUGAUAAACCUAGGAGUACGUUGAGCAUAUGUCGAAUCAAAGGCUGCUGGAGUUUCUAAUGGGAUUGAACGAUGGAUACAAUCAAGCAAGGAGUCAUAUUCUCUUGAUGUCACCGACUCCCAGCGUGAAUCAAGCUUAUGCUAUGAUAGCACAAGAUGAGAGUCAAAAAAUGAUCUCAGGAGGACAUACAGUUUUGGGAGAAGUUUCUGAUCCUACAGCCUUGUUUACCAAUGCCUAUAGGCCUGCUCAGUCCAAACCAAAGAGGAAUCCUAAUGCCUUUUGUGAUUAUUGCCAGAUGAAGGGACAUACUAGAGACACAUGCUAUAAGUUGAUGUAUUGUGACUAUUGCAAAAACAAAGGUCAUGUUCGAGACAACUGCUAUAGACUUAUCGGUUAUCCUCCAGAUUUCAAAGGGAAAAAGAA